ACUCUUAUGAACAUUUAUCAUCAUCAUAACCAUCGUCAUCAUCAUCAUCACCACCAUUAUUAUCAUCAUCACCACCAUUAUCAUCAUCAUCAGCAGCAGCAGUAGCAGUAUCAAGAUGUCCAGCCGAGUAGAAUUUGGAAAACUGAUUCUUCAAGAGGAAAAAAAUAACAAGGAUGAAUGGAAAACAGUUGAAACGUUGGAGACUGGUAUCAAGCUGGGAAACUUUGUUUGGAAACAACCUCGAAAUUUUUUCAGAAAGCUUUUCUGGGGGAAAUUUAAGUAUGUUACAACAGAUGAGAGUGUGAAAGAUUUUCUACAAAAACGCGAAAAUCAUACUUUCUCUUUUGAAACGGAAAAGGAGAGAAAAACAGUGUCUUCAUCAGUCUCGGAUGAAAAAAGGAGCUUCAACGCUGGAAGUGAUGGAGUUGUUGGCGUGGGCGCCACUGAAGAGACAAUGAUGAACGCUCCUGCUAGAGAUUUAACCAUCACAUGGAUCAAAAGAAGUAGCCUGGAAGAGGAAUUCAGAGAGUGGAACCUCAACAUGGAAUCGGGUUACAUAAAGGAAAAGAAAUCACAACGCGCUAUUCCUUGCAUCAUCAAUAAAAUUGUUGAAGCAGAUAUGCCCAAUGAUCAUACUGACGGAAGCUGUUCCACGGUGAAAAAACGAAGGCUUGAAGGCAACAUCAAGAGUGACAGUUUAAUAGGACCAGGAACAGAUGCAUUUGGUUCUUUACCAGUGAAACCAGAAGGCAAGGUUCUCAAUGAGACAAAAAAAGAAUCAAAGUCCUGUAUUGUUGGACCCAUACUUUACAAGGUGUUACCACUUGAGGUAACCCAGUUUGGCAAUAUAAUGGCAAAGGAGGAAUCAAGGGGAUUUAUAGAGGUUGUACUGCAUUACAGUUUGGACUUUUUUGGUGAAAAGGAACUAUCUCUUCAAUCUAACAUCAGGGAAAUAGAAGAAUUCCUGCGACCUUUAAUUGACAACAAAGCUGUAGCUGCAGCAUUUAAAGCCAUCACUGAUGACGAUAUCUCACAGUUAUGUCACCUGUUUGAACAGAUAGAAGACAGCACAGAAGAUGUGGAUUUGCCCGACACUAUGUCCCAGAACACUCAAGAUAUAUUGCAGUUUGCAAACUUUCAGCAGGAAUCAGGCAGACUUAAGCUGAAGAAAAAGUUCAAAUCGGAUCCUUCCUUUAACAGUUGUUACUAUUUAACUGUUCUGCUGGCCGAGAUCCCACCGACCAUCCGAAGCCUCAUCGAACGGUCCACUGUCAGCCUUUACAGUCUGCUGAAAACCAUCCUUCUCCAGACCAAUGACAGAAAAAUUGUCAUUAGUGAUGAUGUUUUGAAAUGUCCGGAAGCCAAGGAACUUCUGGAAAAAUUGCAUAUUGUUGUGACAGGGUCUUCCAUUGAGAGGAAACCUAAAUCUCUUGAAAAAGUUGCAGAUGCUGCGUGGAUAUCUCUGCUUUAUAACAGUCCUCCCAACACUACACAACAAUAAGAAAAGAACUACAUUAUGCAUUCAUCAAAAUUGUUUCAGACAAAUGAGAAAAAACGAGACAAUAUACAGGCAACCUAAUGUUGUGUUUUGAUGUCCACAAUUUGUUAUCAUGGAGAAACAAUGGAUGGGACUUUCCCUUGUUGUGCAAUUUUGACUUUUGAAAAACAAGAUGGCUGGAAGGUGACCAUCUUGGAUUUUGAGUAGGAGACAUUCUUAAUCGCUAUUUCUUAUUAAAUAUUGAAUGGGUCAUUUUAAGAUUUCAUCUCCAUUGUCCACUUGAUCAUUAGUUGUACCUUCUUGAUUUUUGGACCGAACAAAAAAAAUUGGAAAAGGCCAAAAUGGAACUAUAUUGUAUUUGGAAAUUAAUGACUAUCAACACAUUCCAAAUAUUAGUGCUAAACAAAGAAAUGAAGAGUAAAGAAAGGAAAAUAUCCAACUUGUAAAGACCAACUAAAGAUCAAAGAAUAGUGUGCGCCAAGAUUCCUCGUUGAACUCUUGUUUUGUUCUCAAAUUUUGAUGUAUAUAGCAACAGAUUAAAGACACCAAGCAACCUGUCAUACAAUGUAUAUAGCACUUUUUUAACUCAUCGGUUUCGUCCCAAAGCUUGCAAUGGGAAUUAAUCCCAAUCAUGUUAAACAUGCCAUUUUCAUUAUUUUUGUUAUUGCCCUUUCAUAAUGAAGUAAUAAAGUAUUGCACAUUGUCAAUAUAGAGUUGUAGGAGCUGAAAGGGGAAGCAUGUGAUCGAUAUGGAAAAAAUAGGAAAUUGUCAUCACCACAGUUUUCUACUUAUCCUUGCCAUCUAUUGUUAGGUUGUACUGUAUCUAACAUUUGUCCUGAAUGGUACUGUUCACUUUCGUGUCAUUUGUACAGUGAAUACUGCAUAAAUAAUGGUUUUAAACUACAAAAACAAGAUCAUCCCAACAUAUCAUCCUAUUCAUAAUCCAAACUCAGAUUUAAUAAAACCAGGGCAAAAUAUAAACAUAACAAAAGUUGUACACGGAGACUCAUAAAAAAAGAUUAAGAAGAAUACGACCAGGUGUUCCAGAAGAGUCCGCGUCUUCUUCUCGACGACACCUACCAUGUUUACCUUUGUCAAUCUAUGUAAAUAACGUCACACUCUCAAAUGAAAGCAAUGUAUACAACGAGCAUCAAAUAUGUCCAACUUUUUAUCGUUAAUCAAUAGAAACGAACGUUCUUUGAUUCAGAUUGUAUAAGGAAAUUGUUAAACGGCAUCCGAAGGGUCAGGAAUACCUAGUUUACAAUACAUUUUUGUACCCCAUCCCCGAUCCACCGUCAAAUAUAAAAUAAAUAUGUGAAGGAAAUUUCGUUUUCGACAAGCAAUAGGCCCAAAAUCAUGGUAUUUGUGUAGUAGCAUGUAUGGAAUAGGAUUUUAAGUUUACAGAAGAUGUUUUUUAGGAACUGACAAUGUCAUUGUAAGCUGGAGAGUAGUUGAGCAAUUUAGGCCUAUUUGGCCUCUUGUAUAUAAAUGUAUACAGUUUACAUUUUUAUUUUCUUUAACUUCAUGUACAAAUAUAUCCUGUAAAUCAGAACAUAGAGUGUGUGAUUUAGAUUUUCUUUGUUCACCGUCAGUUAGUGUGAUAAAAUCAUUAGUAGCCAGUGGACAAUGUGCACGUGAAAUACAAGCAUAAGUUCACGUGUUGUUUUUCCACUGAUCCUGUGAAGUAAAUCACGUGCUGUCAAGGAUAUGUACACACUUUUGCGACAUAAUCAAAUAUAUCAUCAGCAUUAUUUUAAAGUAUAA